AUGGCACAGUUUCCCAGUCCCAAGAAACACGUCUGUACGGAUGCAGAGCAAGGGUAUAAAGGCGAUGAUCAGUGCUCAGCUGUAUUGAGCUUUGAUAACAAUGGAAGUUUUUCGAUAAAGACAACACAUGAUUACUGGAAUCAAAUCCAGGGUCAGCUUUACCUGACUGGUACGGAGUGUGAUUUAGUGAUAUGGACAACCACAGACAUGCAGAUUGUAAGAAUUGUAAAAGACAAGAUGUGGGCCCCAAACAUUUCUGCCAAGACACUAAACUUUUAUUUCAUGGUGUUUUUGGAAGUAAAUCAGUCCGAGGAGGAGGAGAAGAAGGAGAUGGUGAACAGAGUGCAGUGGGUUCAGAGGGCUGAUGAAGAGGAGAAGAAGAAGGAGAUGAUGUACAUUGUGCAGCAGGUUCAGAGAGCUGAUGAGAAGAAGGAGAUAAUGUACAUUGUGCAGCAGGUUCAGAGAGCUGAUGAGGACGAAAAGAAGAAGGAGAUGAUGUACAUUGUGCAGCAGGUUCAGAGAGCUGAUGAGGAGGAGAAGAAGGAGGAGAUGAUGUACAUUGUGCAGCAGGUUCAGAAAGCUGAUGAGGAGGAGAAGAAGAAGGAGAUGUUGUACAUAGUGCAGUGGGUUCAGAGGGCUGAGGAGGAAAAGAAGGAGAUAAUGUACAUUGUGCAGCAGGUUCAGAGAGCUGAUGAGGAGAAGAAGAAGAAGGAGAUGGUGAACAGAGUGCAGUGGGUUCAGAGGGCUGAGGAGGAGAAGAAGAAGGAGAUGAUGUACAUUGUGCAGCAGGUUCAGAGAGCUGAUGAGAAGGAGAAGGAGUGCAUUAGGUUUGGAGAGCUGAGGAGGUGCAGGAGGGGAAGAUGUUUUACAGAAUGUAACAGAAGUGGUUUUUGUUGCACUGGUUGGAUUCAUCACAUUUGAUCGAAAUUGCAUUAUGAGCUUCCCUUGAAUGUUUUGACCCUGACCAUUCCAACCACUGCCCCAGAAUAAGUCUGCUACAUUGUGUAUCAGCAUCCUAGACUUUAUGCUAAGAAGGUAAAUUCGAAACUUAGCACACUGUUUGUAUUUUAGGGCCAAAACUUGAAGCAUUAUUUUUUGUUUGAUUGAGAACCAACGAGAAGUGGUUUUGACACGCUUGGAGAGUAAUUUACUUUGUAAGGCUGUUGGAGCUGCCCGAAUGAGAUCUGCCAAAUAAAAAUCAGAAUGCUCCACAGCCUUUAAAUACUGAUACAAAUGUUCAGAACUUUGAAAAGUGAGAUUUUGAUAGGUUAGAAGACAAGGAUAGAAAAUAGAAAGAAUAUGGUUUGCCCCUUUAAAAUGAAUGGGGGAACAGGAGGAUGCCGAAGAAAAUUUACUGGAAGAUGACAAGGAGACAGGAGAGCAACAGGCAGAGACAGAGGAGGCCGAGAGAG